ACACCAGACGGGAGCUCCUCUGCCAUAGCAAACAGCAAAGUGCAAACGGCAUUCUCCCACGAUACGAGAACUGGAUCAGUUCCGAACUGAUCCUGUGACAUCGAACACACCUCAACCGCGAUUCGUGAGUAUCCGUUAAUUCGGUGAUUUCCGCUCCGACGUUCGAGCCUUGGAUUAUAAUCUGCUUUUAUCGGUUCUACAAAAACUGCAACGGUAUGAUCACGCUGAAGGUUCUCGUCCUGCUGACGACUGCAAUGACGCUUCAAGCCGCUCCUCUUGCAAGUAUACACGUCAAAUUCGUCUCUCCACCUCACAGCUAUGAACAUGGACUCACUACUCAUGCAGGUACCACAGUGGCGCAAAAGUCCUUUCUCUCGGUAGGACGGAGAAAUGGUGAACGAAGUUCAAGGCAAUUCGGAAUAAGAACGACGCCUCUGGAGGAAGUUCAGCAGUUCGAUCGAGUCCCUUCUCCGGAGAGAUCCUUGCGCGAAAGGACGAUAUCACCGGGAAAUGCCGAGGCCCUUUGGCCCAUCGGCGUUUUCUUGCCACCCAUCGACAUCAACGACCUGGGAUACAGCUCUCAGGAUCACGUAACUCCGGAUUUUUCUAACGGGCUUGAUCAUCCGGAUCCCCUGCUGCUAACAGGAGAGGAAGCAAUGUUGGCUGUGAAGUACAUUUACGGCCGAGGAGAGCUUUUCUACGAUGAUUAUCCUCACGCACGAGCCUUGCUCAGAAAUCAGGAAGAACGAAGGAUCAACGGACUGCACGGUCACGUCCUUAGCAGCCUGAGGCCAGAAUCCCCGUUUUACAGAAAAGUAAUGAAACGUAGUCAUUGAUUACAUUAAAUGAUCAACGAAGGACGUGAGAAAGCAUUUCUCGUGUCUUACAUUACAAUGCUCCAGCAUCCAUCUUGACUAAAUUUUCGCUACUUCGUACUUAACCGUCUUCGAUUUUAUUUUAACACUGAAUUGUUUUAUGCACAAAUUUUCCCAGUCAGGUAGAUCUGUAAUACAAUAUACACGAUACAAGUUUAAGUGCCCAGUUAUAAAAUCGCUGGGUACUUCUCCAGUACUUUGUAUUAUAUGUAUAAAAUAUAAAUUGCAGUACACAGAGGAAUGAGUAUUAUAAGUAUAAUUAUCAAUUACAUUAUAGACUUAUUCAUUGUACAAAAUUAACAAUUCAUUCGAAAUACGAUGAUAUUUUGCAACAUUAAUAUACACAGUUCAUUAUUUAUAAAUGCUAUAAACUAUACUGAUUAAAAUAUACACAUAAUUCAUGCAUAGUUUUUCGCAAUACAGUAUAUAUGUAGGUAUUUAUAUUUAAGUGGAGCAUACUACAUAUUUAUACUGCCCAAAUUAUAUAACCAUGUAGCCAAUUAAACAUAAUUAUACAUUUCCGGGAAGUGAUUUUAUUCUAAAUGAUCCAAACGGUAAGAAAUUUUACCGCCAUAAAUGAUCGAGUAUUUUUCAUUACCAAACCGAUCACCUGGUACUCUAAAAUAUAUCAGAUUCACACUGUGAAUUUUAAAUUUCUUUUCCCUCACGCAGAAGGACGUCGAUUAAUCUUGUCUUGUACAUUAUACGCGGUCACUUUUAUCACCGUGCAACAGUUCGAAAGUCCUAAUUAAAAGUACUUCUUUUCUGUGACUGCAAAACUUUAUUAUAUGGCCACGAUUAUCUUGGUAUGUAUAACCGUCAAAUAAACCACCUUCCCACAAAACCAAUUACGGUUAGCAAAAUAAUGCUGGGCAAAGUUGUUCUCGUUGAGGCAUUACAGAGA